ACAUUUAUCGUUAAGUGUACGGCCGUCAAGGGUGGGUGGGGGGCUGUCAUGGUAAGUGUCAGUCCGCCAGAGGGGCCGUUAUGCUCCGGGGAGGCGAGGAGCGGCAGCUUGAAGCGGGCGGGCGGUGCGCGCGUCUGGGCGGCGCAGGGCAGUGUGGGUAGCCGGGCUGCCAUCUUCGCAGUGCUGGCCGGGCCGAGCAGUGAGAGCAGUGAGCCGCGCGUGGCCGUCGCGAUGAUCACCUGAUGAGGCUCGCCCACGCCUUGGUACGCAGCGCCAUAAAUACACAGUGAAACACGCACCGCGGUGGAGUGCACAGGUGUGAAACAUGCGAAUGUCAGUGAUGUGUUUACCUGUCCGCGGCGACGAGUAGUGAGUGGAGGUGGCGAGGAAUUGAAACCCGAAAAGAAUGUGUGAAAAGACUGUGGAAUAAAAGACACGUGAUGGUGCCGAUGGGGCAGGUUCAGCAUGUCCCAGGCACCAGCAGAGAAUGGUGGAAGUAAGCUGCAGCCACCACACAAUGUGGUGGUGUAUGUGGCAGGGGAGGGGGGUGGGCCGGUGGGGCCGGGGGGGGCGCAAGGACAACACCGCCCCAUGAUCACCCCUCACCCGGUCAAGCCCACCAACCCCCACAUGGUCAAUGGAUUCAGGGUCACCAACCCAUUGCACCAGCAACACCAACAUCACCAGCAGCAACAGCAACACCUGAAUUACAACAUGCAGAUGAACGGCAGCCUUCAUCAGCAACAGCAGUUCAUCAUGAACAAGAUGAAUGGGGUUGAUGGCAACGGUAACUGCUUCCCAACCAGUCAUGCACCGCAACAGCUGCAGUACCUGCCGGGCGGCAACUUUGUCACCACGGUCACUGUGCAUGCCUCUGAGCAGACACAGCAGGUACAGCAGCAGCAGCAACAACAACAACAGCAACAACAACAACAACAACAACAACAGCAUGCCAUAGCAGGAAGUCAGCAGCAGCAGAAACAGCCACAGCAGCAACAGCAGCCCCAAGCACAGCACCCCCAACAACAGUUACAGAACCAAGUGAGUGUGAUGGGUGCUAUGAAUGGCUACGUCCAGAACGGUGUCAUGAUGCAGGUCAAUAAUGCCGCCACCACCAACACUCCCAUGGUGAGCAACUGCCAGGUGAUGAACAGCCAAAUGAUGACAAGCAACACCUGCAACAAUAGCACAAUGCUGAACACUAACACAAACAACAACAGCAGCAGCAUUGUGGUGGCUCGGCCAAGAACUAGUUCCCGGUGUGACUCAGUGAGGUCAGAAACUGCUGAAUCUAGUUGUAGUAGUCUAAGUUCUGAUAGUCAAGUAGAACACAGUCAACAACACAUGCAACAACAACAACAACAACAACAGCAGCAGCAGCAAUCACAACAGCAGCAACAACAACAGCAACCAUCAGCUAAUCAGUUUAAUAAUAACAGUCAGCAGUAUCAAGUCAGCCUAAUGAAUAAUUCACAGUAUGUCAAUAACCAUAUGCAGACCAUGAAUCCCAAUGGUUAUAACUGUUAUCCCAACUACAUGGCCUGUCAGUCAUCUGGUGGCAAUAACACGUGCGGAAUGAAUCAAAGCGGAGUGUUAAACAAUCAAAACAUUGUGCAGGCCUUCCAUCAAGUGAACACAGUGCAGCACGUGCAGAUGCAGGGCGGGCAGCUGCAGAUCAUGCAGCAGCAGUACCAGUACGUGCAGGGCCAGAACACGAACGUGAUGCAGCAGGGGCAGGGAGUGAACGUGAACAGUGCACAAAGAUCGAGUUCGAUGCCGGCUGGGGGCAUGUUCCAGGGACAAGGGACCAAUGCAAUGCAUGGACAAAUCAUGCAAGGACAAAAUACUUGUGUGAACAAUGCCAACACAAUGCAAGGUCAGGGAAUGAAUAUGGUGACAGGUCAGCCCGGAGUGAACACUAUGCAAAGUCAUAACAUGAAUGUGAUGCAAGGACAGGGAAUGAACAGUGCCCAGCAGCAGUGUGGAAAUGUUAACGUGAUGGGCGGUGGGGGCGGGCAGUACCAGCCCGGCUAUGGGCACAGCCUGGUGGGACAGGGUAACAUGGUGAUGGGGGGGCAGAACACUGGCCACUGUGGCAGCAUGGUAGGGAUGCAGAGCCAUCACCCACAGCAACAACAACAACAACAACAACCACCACCACAGCACAUGGUGGCUGGAAACAUGAUGCCAGACCAGCAGCAGCAGCAACAGACCCUCAUGAUGGGCGGUGCCAUGCAGGGCAACAUGACCAUGGUCCCUGUGGGCACCAAGAUGGCACCCACUAACAUGAGCCACGUCAGCAUGAUGGGUGUCCCCGGGGGCACUGUGGGUGUGGUCAACCCCAUGUGUGCCACCAUGCCCGCGGGGACCCCAGCGGUGCCUGUGACGGACGGCAAGAACUUCAUCCCUCUGGUCGUUCCCUUCGGCUGGAGGAGGGUGGUCAACGCGGGCCAAGGGGUCGUCUACAUCAGGUGAGCGAACGAAUUGGUGUGUGUGCGUACGUGUGUGUGGACGUACGCCUCGCCGCCACGCUCAGGUAACUCCCCUCCGUGUGUGUGUGUGUGUGUGUGUGUGUGUUUUGGUUCAGAGACAGACAGAUAGAUAGAUAGACAAAAAAUACAGACAGCAAUAUGUACGUGUGUGUGUGUGUGUGUGUGUGUGUGUGUGUGUUUCCAAGGACGUGUUUUGAAAUCCGGAUGUCAAAGCAGGAAAAAGUGGAGGAUAUUUAUUGGGUGUGAACUGUUGCAAGUGUGAAUGCCUCCCCUCCCUUCCCU